ACUGCCCCAAGUUUGUUGUGAUUGGCUAGGACGCCGGCGGCGGCGGCGGCGGCGGCGGCGGAAGCACCGGGCCGCGGCACCACCAUGGCGGUGCGACAGGCGCUGGGCUGCGGCCUGCAGUUGGGUCGAGCGCUGCUGCUGCGCUUCACGGGCAAGCCGGGCAGGGCCUACGGCUGGGGGCGGCCGGGCCCGGCGGCGGGCUGGGUCCGCAGGGAGCGUCCGGGCUGGGCCGCGGGACCGGGCGCCGAGCCUCGCAGGGUCGGGCUCAGGCUCCCCGACCGCUUCCACUUCUUCCGCCAGUCUGUGGCAGGGCUGGCGGCCCGGCUGCAGCGGCAGUUCGUGGUGCGAGCCCGGGGCGGCGCGGGCCCUUGCGGACGGGCAGUCUUUCUGGCCUUCGGGCUAGGGCUGGGCCUCAUCGAGGAGAAGCAGGCGGAGAGCCGGCGGGCGGCCUCAGCCUGUCAGGAGAUCCAGGCAAUUUUUACUCAGAAAAGCAAGCUAGGGCCUGACCCGCUGGACACAAGACGUUGGCAGGGCUUUCGGCUGGAGGAGUAUCUGAUAGGGCAGUCCAUUGGCAAGGGCUGCAGUGCCGCUGUGUAUGAAGCCACCAUGCCUACACUGCCCCAGAACCUGGAGGUGACCAAGAGCGCCAGGCUGCUUCCAGGGAGAGGCCCAGGUACCAGUGCACCCGGAGAAGAGCAAGAGCGAGCGCCAGGGGCCCCUGCCUUCCCCUUGGCCAUCAAGAUGAUGUGGAACAUCUCGGCAGGUUCCUCCAGUGAAGCCAUCUUGAGCACAAUGAGCCAGGAGCUGGUCCCAGCGAGCCGAGUGGCCUUGGCCGGGGAGUAUGGAGCAGUUGCUUACAGAAAAUCCAAGAGAGGUCCCAAGCAACUAGCCCCGCACCCUAACAUCAUCCGGGUUCUCCGCGCUUUCACCUCUUCUGUGCCGCUGCUGCCAGGGGCCCUGGUUGACUACCCUGAUGUGCUGCCCCCACGUCUCCACCCUGAAGGCCUGGGCCAUGGCCGGACGCUGUUCCUCGUCAUGAAGAACUAUCCCUGUACCCUGCGCCAGUACCUUCACAUGAACACACCCAGCCCCCGUCUCGCCACCAUGAUGCUGCUGCAGCUGCUGGAAGGCGUGGACCAUCUGGUUCAACAGGGCAUCGCGCACAGAGACUUGAAAUCUGACAACAUCCUCGUGGAGCUGGACCCAGAUGGCUGCCCCUGGCUGGUGAUUACAGAUUUUGGCUGCUGCCUGGCUGAUGAGAACAUCGGCCUGCAUUUGCCCUUCAGCAGCUGGUAUGUGGAUCGGGGCGGAAACGGCUGCUUGAUGGCCCCGGAGGUGUCCACAGCCCGUCCUGGCCCCAGGGCAGUGAUUGACUACAGCAAGGCUGAUGCAUGGGCAGUGGGAGCCAUUGCCUAUGAAAUCUUCGGGCUUGUCAAUCCCUUCUACAGCCAGGGUAAGGUCCACCUUGAAAGUCGCAGCUACCAAGAGGCUCAGCUACCUGCACUGCCCGAGUUGGUGCCUCCAGACGCUAGACAACUGGUGAGGGCACUGCUCCAGCGAGAGGCCAGCAAGAGACCAUCUGCCCGAGUAGCCGCAAAUGUGCUUCAUCUAAGCCUCUGGGGUGAACAUAUUCUACCCCUGAAGAAUCUGAAGUUAGACAAGAUGGUUGGCUGGCUCCUCCAACAAUCGGCCGCCACUUUGUUGGCCAACAGGCUCACAGCGAAGUGUUGCGUGGAAACAAAAAUGAAGAUGCUCUUUCUGGCUAACCUGGAAUGUGAAGCGCUCUGCCAGGCAGCCCUCCUCCUCUGCUCAUGGAGGGCAGCCCUGUGAUGUCCUGCACGGAGCUGGUGAAUUACUAAAAGAACUUGGCAGCCCCUGUGUCGUGGUGGUCUGUGAGUAGUGAGGGUGGGAGUCAGGAGACAAGAUGGUGCAGAGAGGGUUGGUUAGCCAAAGAGAAGGCCUCAGGCUUGGCAAAUGGAAGAACCUGAGUCAGAAUUCAGUCUGCAGCUGCUGACUCUGGCUGUGCAAUUUGGGAUUAAUCUCAUAACCUGUGUGGACUUAAGUUCUCUUGCCUGUAAAACAAAGAAAUUGGUAUAAACCAGGAGUUGGCACCUUUCAGGUUGUGACAACUAGUCAGUCUUCCUUGCAGCACAAAAGCAACCCCGAGCACGUAAUAAGUGUGGCUGGGUGCCAGGAGAGCUUUAUUGAUGGACACUGAUGUUUGAUUUCCAUGUGUCACUAGUCUUUUCAACCAUUUAAAAAUGUAAGGACCAUUUUUAGCUCGCAAGCCAUAUACAGGUUGCAGGCUAGAUUGGCCCACACACCAGUUUACCAACCUCUGGUCUAGAUGAAUUUGAAGAACCCAACUCUACAAAAAAAAUUUUUUAAAGCAAGCUCAUCACUAGGUCUGUUUGUGCGUCCAUGCUGAAAAAUAUAAAAUGUGGUAAGCUUAUCCCUGUGAAGGAAGCCAGUCAGGAAGGUAACUCAGGCUUGAUUGCAGACUUCAAAGCCCUGUCUUCAACCCUUGCCCUGUCCUCAGACAUCUGAAAAGUUAGUGGCCAAGCUGAUGCAUUAGAGGAGGCUGGACUGAGAAGGGGUAGGCCUGCAUCCACAGCAGAGAGGAUCCAGCCAAGGCAUGGCUGUCAGUGGCAGGUUUGGCUGUGACCUUUGCCCCGAACAUGAGGAACUUGUUUGAAGCAGGCAGCAUAGCAUGUCUGCAUUUGCCACCUGGACAAAGGCAGCUAUCAGCAUGGGUCAGCACAUUCAGUUACAGGAGUGGGAAACGUCCACGCGAGGCUUGGGAGGCUGGGGCCUGUGUGUUCCCAAGCUGUGCAUUCUGGACCAGCUACUGAAUUAAUCCCACAUAGCGAAGGUGACUGAUGAGCAGUAAGUAAGUGUGGGGAUUUAAACUUGAGGGUUUCCCUUCCGACUAGCAUCUCUUACAGGAAUUGUAAAAUAUUAGGUGCAAAUUUACAACUGCA